AUGGUUGUGGAGGCUUCUGCAGCAUCUCUACCCAACACCGGAUCAGGGAGCAUGAGCAGCAGCAGCAACAGCAGCAGCAGCAGCAUCACCAGCAGCAGCACGGCAAUGGAAGUCGAUGUGCCCAUAUCGAGCAACAGCAGCAGUGAUGGCGCUGCAGCAGCACGAUCUCCUCUACCUCCAGAAGCAGCAGCUGCAGCAGCAGCAUCCGCAAAAUCAGAAGGAGGAGCAGCAGCAGAAGGAGCAGCAUCAGCAGCAGGAGAUGAGUCUGACGAAGACGAUCCUGUAGUGGAGGUGAUGGAUGUAUACCUGCGUCGUCUUGACGAUGUCCUUGAGUGCAGCAACCUAGGCAGCAGCAGCAGCAGUAGCAGCAGCAGCAGCGGUAAAAUGUUUGUGCUGCAGUACCCAUUAAGACCAUUAGAUCGUCCAUAUGGUGACCAAGGGCAGCUGCAGCAAAUUGCAUAUCGUCAGCAGCAGCAGCAGCUGCGUCUAACUUAUGCGUUGCAUGCAGAGGGUCCUAAUUUCGAUCCGAACCAUCCUGUAGCUGCUGCAGCAGCAGCAGCAGCAGCAGCAGCAGCAAGACUCGGAUCCACCCCCGCCACGGCAGCAUGCGUAUCCUCCUCCCCCUCCGCAUCAUCACUAGCACCAUCACCAACAACAGCAACACCACCACCACCAACAACAACAACAACAGCACCAACAACAACAACAACAACAGCAGCAGCAGCAGCAGCAGCAGCAGCAGCAGCAGCAGCAGGAGGCACCCAGCACGUCCUUAAGAGUACAAUUACAAAAGGUAAGGAUUGCCGAUAUGCCGUCGGAAUUUUGAAAGAGAAGAAAUUCUUUUUAAUUCCAAUUGAGGGGGUCCUCCAAUUUAAGCCGGAUUUUUUUUUCUUUGAGCAGCAGCAGCAGCAGCAGCAGCAGCAGCAGCAACAACAACAAUUAAUUGCUGCUAAUAGAAGAAUACAACAACAAUUACAACAACAACAACAACAACAACAACAUCUACAUACUGAUCCAAAUAAUCAUCAUGUUGCUGCUCCUGCUCCUGCUGCUGCUGCUGCUGUAGCUACUCCUGCUGCUGCUGCUACUAAUGGAACUGCAGCAGCAGCCACACAGCAGCAGCAGCAGCAGCAGCAACUUGUACAGCAUAUAGGAGAGACAAGAACAAGAAUCUCUCAUAGUAAACAAAGAGAUAUUGAAGAAAGCGAACCAUGGAUUCAUAUAGAGACAUUUUAUGAUGCGGAUUCACCCGAAGCCUUCGACUUGCUAAACUCUCUUGUAGACAACGAACAGACAAUAGCAACAGAUGACAGCUUAGACGUGUGUAUCUUUGGCGGCGCUCAACAGCUGCAGCAGGAGCAGCAGCAGCAGCAGCAGCAACAGCAGCAGAAGCAGGAGAAGCAGCAGCUAUUGAAACAAGAUGUUAUAUUUACUGCUGAUUUGCAUGCAUAUGUUGCAGCAAUAUGCGAGCAGCAGCAGGAACCAGGAACUGCAGGAGCAGCAGCAACAGCAGCAGCAGCAGCAGGACCUCUUAGCUACGGAGUCCUCCGUAUUGAAGAUAAUGGAGACGCGCAGCAGCAGCAGCAGCAGCAGCAGCAACAGCAGCAGCAGCAGCAGCAGCCAGGAGGCACACGCUCAGGUUGCAAAUCAACAGGGUCAGCAUCUGCUGCUGAGUUGCAGCAAGUAUCGCGUAUAAUACAGCAGCAAUUAUCUGAAUAUGGAGGUUUAUCCUUAUUAGAUAUAAAAAAUAAAUUAGGGGAAAGUUCUUCUUUAUUAAAUGAUGAAGAUAUUCAUCGUAUUCUUCUUGCUAAUGCUGUACAUGUCAAUGGUAUAUGGGUAUUAAAAUCGUUGGGUAAUGCACAAAUAGACGAAGUUAGGAAUUCUUUAAUUCGCGUAUUUAGUGGCAGUAAUCCGCCAAACACUAAAAAUCUUAUUCUACAGGCAGUAGAAGCAGAUCUGCAAAGGAAAGUUGGCCUACCAGACUUCACCCUUCGUAAACUCCUGAGAGAGUUCGCGAGGAACGAAAAUGGUUUUUGGGUGUUUAAAGGAAAUAAAACAUCAACAGAAAAAAAUGAUAUGAUGCAACUUAUAGAAGAAGAUUAG